AUGGAAAAAGAAAUGGAAUCCCUUAAAACUAACGAAGUAUGGAACCUAGUUGAACUGCCUGAGAAUCGUAAAGCCGUUGGCAGCAAGUGGGUAUUUCGAGUUAAAACAGAUGCGGACGGAACAGUUGAAACACACAAGGCCCGGCUCGUAGCUCAAGGUUUCAGUCAAACAUUUGGUGACGACUAUGAUGAAACAUUUUCACCUGUAGCUAGGUUUGAAUCAGUUCGAACAGUUAUUGCGUUAGCUGCACAGCAUGGUUUAAAGCUUCAUCAAAUGGACGUCACAACAGCAUUUCUGAAUGGAGAUCUCAAAGAAGAAGUCUACAUGAAACAAACGGAAGGUUUCAUUGAGAAGGGAAAAGAACACCUGGUCUGCAGGUUACGUCGAAGUAUAUAUGGCCUUAAACAGUCUCCACGUUGUUGGAACUCUGUUCUCGACAGAAAAUUGAAGAAUAUGGGCUUUGUACAAACCACCGGUGAUCCAUGUAUCUAUGUAAAGGAAGAAGGUGGAGAGAUAUUCAUUAUUGCUGUGUAUGUUGAUGAUAUUCUCCUGGCCGGAAAGAAUGAUCAGAAAAUCAACGAAGUGAAGCAAGCACUCGCUGAGCAAUUUCAAAUGAAAGAUAUGGGUCAACUACACUACUUCCUGGGUGUGAAAGUUAUCCCGAAACCAGAUUCAAAAGAAAUUUGGAUUGGCCAAGAAGCGUACACGAAGAGUGUGUUGGAAAGAUUUGGCAUGGAAAGUUCGAAACCAGCAAGCACACCUGUUAACCCUGGGACAAAACUGAAGAAGGCAGCAGACGACAGUCAACGAGUGGACCAAGUUAACUACCAGUGUGCCGUUGGACAUCUACUUUAUCUGUCCACGAAAACAAGACCAGACAUCGCAUAUGCCGUGAGCGAUGUAGCAAGGUUCAGUGCUGAUCCAACGGAGGAGCAUUGGAUUGCUGUUAAACGUAUCAUGCGUUAUCUGAAUGGAACUCGAGAUAUGGGUUUACUUUAUGAUGGAAGCAAGACAACGACUUCAUGUGUUGGGUAUUCAGACGCUGACUGGGCUGGAGAUCUUGAUGACAGAAAGUCAACUUCGGGAUAUGUCUUCCAGAUAAGCAACGCAGCUAUCAGUUGGCGAAGCAAAAAACAGUCAUGUGUGGCUCUCUCGACUGCUGAAGCAGAAUACAUGGCAUUGGCAAGUGCAACCCAAGAAGCAGUUUGGCUACAACAACUUCUAAGUGAUCUAAAGAGCAAACCAACCGGUCCAAUGUUGAUACUUGAAGAUAAUCAAGCAGCAAUCUGUAUGGCAAAGAAUGCACAGUACCAUGGACGUGCAAAACACAUUGAUAUAAAGUAUCAUUUUAUUCGAGAACAUGUUGCUAGUGCUGCAGUUAAACUGGAAUACUGUAGCACUGAAGAAAUGAUCGCUGACAUUUUUACUAAGGGACUAAGUGUGGUUCAGUUUACCAAACUUAGAAAGAUGCUCGGAGUUAGUUAUAAAUGAACAUACAGUUAUACGAGUGAGCAGGAGUGUUGAAAGUAUACACUCGUAAACUUUAUAUAAGAUAAACAUUACGGACUUCCGGUUUGUUUUUAUUAGUUAAGUGGUCACGUGUUUAAUUGGAGACCAUGUUGGUUGUCGUGUUUUUUUUAUGAAAAACAUCGAACAGUGAACUCUCGUUGAUAUUGCUUUGUUAACAAAUAGUUUUUAUAUUCUUUUAAAUUAAAUCAUUUCAAAACUUUGACUAGAACCUCUUCGACAAAGCAUCAGCUCUCGAACACAUAUAUGCAUGAGUAGAUACAUUUACUGUACGCUUAGCGUACCUAGUUUUCGUAUUUCUGAAGAUGAUUCUGUAAUAACAAAAUUUGAUUCUGUCAUAUUUAGGUAGCUGGAAUGGUGGCAUUCUACGCUGUGACAAAAGGAAAACAUCCCUAUGGACAGGAACCUGACCAAAAACGCAACUUACUUGAUGGUAGACCAGUUGGUUUGGUUAAUUUGCAAGAUCCUGCCGCAAAAGAUUUGAUAUCUUGGAUGCUCAGCCACGAUCCCAAAGACAGACCGUCGGCUGAAGAAGCGCUGAAGCACCCCUAUCUUCAACCUGCGGAACAGCAGUUUGGAAUGCUGAGUGAAAUGGGAAACCAACACGAGAUCAAGAAAUGGCGUGCCAAUUCAAAUGUCAAGACAGAGUUGAAUAAACUUCCCAAUGUUUGGCAGGAUCAGAUGGAUCCCGACGUUCUGCAAUAUUUAUGCACUGAUGUUGUGACGAGAGUAACACAUCGUUAUGGCUCAUCCUGGUCUGAGUUGUUGCGACUUAUCCGAAAUGUUAACCAACACUGGCAUGACAUGCCACGUCCACUGCCGCAACCUCAUAAAGAAUUCUAUUUAGUGGGCGACCCCCAAGAGUACUUCCUUAACCUCUUCCCCAACCUUCCUGUCGAAGUACACAGGAUUGUUAGGUCAUGUAAUUGGAAAGAACGACCUAAACUUAAGGAAUACUUCUGA